CCUCCCUACCCCUGACCGCAAUUGCGAUCUCUCGCGACCGGCUGUUUCGCUGGGCCAUCGCUGGGCACUGGCACAGGCACAGGCACUGGCCGCUCAACACACGCCCACGUCCACGCGCUGCAACAUUCGCGACCUCUUUCUGCCCAGAUUCAAUCAAACGCCGUACCGCUUCUCCACAACUUGGAUCGCUGCUGACCCCGACCCCAGGCCAGGGCCUCAAGUCAGCGCGUCACCAGGCUCCAAAAACCCACCAGCCCAGCUGCCGCCAUCACCAAGCCUCGAGCGCUACUGCUGCUCAGUGCACGCCAGCUUGUUGAGAGCUCGACCCACGGGCCACACGGGCCAGACCACACCCAACCCCGUCCGCCGUUGUUUCCCUCGUGUGGUUGAGUUGACAUGCGAGGGGUGCGCAUCCACUGCCGACCCGACUGACCGACUCUCACCGUCCUCGACUACCUCGUACCACCUCAUUUCUUACGCCUUCUUUGCCGCCUCGGCCUGCUCGAAUACCUGUGUCGCAUCUCCCGGCCCAACCUACCCGUAGACCAUCGUCCCGCACCCAACCUGCCCAAAGCCGCCGCCUCACCGAAUGGCCACCAGCCCUGUUCGAACGAAAACGACCCUCCAAAACGCUGCUUUCAGAGACUGAGGGAGAGGAGGACCAAGGCGCAGGCAGUGGUGCUAUGCAAGGCGGCUUGCCUCGCACCUCUUCUCCAAGUUUCCCCACGGUCGACCGAUGAUACCGCGCCCGCCGCCCCCAUCGCAAUGGGUUCAAUCGGCGAUCUCUCCCCUGGAGGGAGUAUUUCUAUAGGAAUCCUUGUCGGCCUGUUGUCCACAGCAGUGCAGAGCCUCGGAAUCACGCUCCAACGCAAAUCGCACAUCCUCGAAGACGAAAAAAGCCCCCAUGACAUCAGAAGGCCGCCGCACCGCAGGAGGAGGUGGCAGUUGGGAAUGGGCAUAUUCAUCGCCUCCAACAUUCUCGGCAGCACUGUGCAGAUCUCGACCCUCCCGCUCCCUGUCCUUUCGACUCUGCAGGCGUCGGGCCUCGUCUUCAACUCUAUUUGCGCCACCCUCAUUCUCGGCGAGCCCUUCACGCGCUGGUCCAUCUGCGGCACCCUGCUCGUGUGCGCCGGCGCCCUCCUCAUCGCCAUCUUUGGCGCAAUCCCCUCGCCCGCUCACACCCUCGACGAGUUGCUGGCGCUGUUGGGCCGCACCCCCUUCGUCGUCUGGAUGUGCCUGCAGGCUGUGCUGGUAAUAUCGGUCGCUGUCGCCACCGACACCCUCAGUCGCAUCCAAAACCUGGCCCAGGACGCUCGGUUCCGCCUUGCCCGAGGGCUCGCAUACGGCUGCAUAAGUGGCAUCCUCUCUGCCCACUCGUUGCUCGUUGCCAAAUCCGCCGUCGAGCUCGUCAUCAAGACGCUGUCGGGUGGAGCCAACCAGUUCGCCCACUGGCAGUCAUGGGUCCUGCUUCUGGCCCUGGUGGCCCUGGCCUUGACCCAGCUCUACUACCUACACAGGGGCCUGAAGCUGGUCUCCACCUCGGUCCUCUACCCGCUCGUUUUCUGCAUCUACAACAUCAUCGCCAUCCUCGACGGCCUCAUCUACUUCGACCAGGUCAACAAGCUGAGCACCAAGUCCGCCCUUCUCAUAUCGCUGGGAACCGUCAUCCUCCUCUCGGGCGUCCUGGCACUCUCGUGGCGCCUCAGCGACGAGCAGCACCCGCCCGCUGUCGGCCAGUCGUCGCUUGCCCCCGGGCUGGGCCUUGUCGAGGAUACGGACGGCGAGGAGGAGGAGGAGGACCUGCUGCUCGGCUCCGAUAUUGGUGGCUACGAGGAUGACGUCCUGCCCGCCACGACGACCCAUUACAGCUACCAGACCUUCAGCAACGACCGCCGACCCUCGGUCUCGACACCCACGGAAGGGGUUGAGACUAGGUCCGCAUCAUCGACUCUGACGCCGCCGCGCAAACGGGCGCCGCUCACGCCCUCAGCCAAGCGAACCAGCUGGGCGGAGCGCGUCGAGAUAUGGGGUGAGCUUGAGGACCGCGACCGGCCCGCAUCCCCCGCCCUCAACGUCGCACGGAGCCGCAGUCAGACGUUGCCGACUAGUGAGCCCGGUGCAUCUUCACUUCAUAUCCCCCCACCGCGCCGUGGGUUUAGUGGCGGGAGCCCGUUGGGGAUCGUGGGAGGGGAUUUGGGAGGGCCAGAUGACGCAGGAGCAGACGCGGAUGCAGAGUCUGGCCUGCCCCGCAGGUUCCGUAAGAGGAGGAGAUCCACGGGGUUCCCCGGGUUCCAAGCCAGGAAGACGUCGCGGCGCAAGAGCUCGGGCGGCCUUCAGGACGCCAUCAACGGCCUCUGGAGGAAUAGAUGGUGGAACAAGCCCGUCAAGGGCAAGGGGCCCGAGGAGGAGGAAGAGGAUGAGCAACAACACCGGCCUUCUACCUCGCCCCAGUGGCCUCCGUACCGUGACCACCCAGACGAGGACGACCGGCCGGAUCGCGGACGGGGUCCCAGCCCAGGCGACCCUGAAGCCAGUGGUGGUGUCGGUAAUGCCUCCUCUGCAUGACCACUUUUCUUGGGUUACUUUUUCUUGUCUUUCAUGUCUUUGAUUCGUUCUCUGUUGUGUUUUUUUUUGUUACUGUUAUGGUCUAAAGCAGCGUUUGCAAUACAAAAACCGACUGUCCCAUUCUUUUGUUCACUUUAUGAAGGGAAAGGGGGAGAGGUAAAGCCGGGAAGAAGAUAGGAAAGAACGAAAUUGGCAUUUGCAUGUAGACAAUGCUCACGGCGGCGAAGCAGACAUUGGCAGGCGUUUGGGAGGGCGGCACACUUGGUAAUGCCCAAGAUUGACUGGCACUUUUGGAUUAUGGGGUCAUUGUUUUCUUUUGUGCAAAGCACAGCAUCUUGGCCAACAGCUGAUAGAAGUAAGAUACACACACAAUCGAGAACACAUUCGUUAUGUCCCGCUAGCGAGUA